AUGGAAAUACUAAAAGUCGGUAAGGAUAUAAUGUACCGUUAUCAUAUAUGUACAAGCGCAGUCCUUACACCGGAGUGGACGCUGACAGCAGCGCACUGCUUCGGAGACAUCAACAAGCUGCUUCUAACAAGACGUUACAGGCACAGCAAAGCCUUCAAAAUCGCUUUAACGCACUUAAACGAUAUCAAGCCUAUCAUAUGGUUCGGCAACGUGCGCGAUGAACCCAGUAAAAACACAUACAGUGAUAUCGUAGAUAGCGUGUUACACCCGGCCACUAGAUUAGGGGUAGCUAGAGUAGGUUUGCAUAAGUAUUCGUACUACCAGAACGACGUAGGGUUGUUACGUACAGAAGCAAUCAGAAUAAAGCAGUACGCGAAACUGAGCGCCCUGCCUGCAGUAAGUCUCAAGGGUCAUGAGGUGGAGGUGUUCGGUUUCGGCAUUGACUAUUUUGAUGAGGCGGGCUCUGAGCCGACACCGGAAGUGACAGAUCCGGACAAAACAAAAACCUACAUAGUAGCAACAUACACGAACAAAAAAAUCAAAUUCGAAGGGGUCACGUUGUACACCGAUGAGUUCCCAUCGAAACUACGCACCAUGGCGCGGAGUUUGAUAAUGGAGAAGUCAGCAUCGUCUCACACCGACAAGACAGAUCCCAGUCAGACUGAAACUUCGGAAUUGAACUACCAGAGUACUGCGUCCGAUGUAUUCUAUGAAACUCGAAGUGUUAUAUCAACAAUAGAACCUGACCCGUUAGAAGAAAUACUUACUGAAGCCAAAGUGACUAUGGAAUCUAGAGAGCUUACUCCAGAAGAGAAGGUAGCUCAGCCUGAUCCAAUUCUCUUUGCGAAGUUAACCGGUCAGCAAGAGUUGGCGUUGAAGAUUAAGCAUACGGAAGAAGUGGAAGGACCGAAGGUGGAGAUUAAAAUACUGUUGGGGUCUUUUAUAGCGUUUAUAUCGCCGAGGCAGUUGCAUACUUUAAUUGAAUUAGUGGAUGCGUUAAAUCAACCACAUUUAGAAGACACAAGCAACAUACCUCUACGUCCAAGUGGAAUGAAUAUGCAAUGCAAGCCGAUGAGACAAGCCGACUUCCAACUCAUAGAGGCUCAGCUGCUCGGAAACUUGAGACAGAACAGCAGGCCGACUGGCAUGCACGGCUGGUCGGGACCUAGCUUCGAAGACAGCGAGUCCGAAAACGAGAAGUUCCACCCAAUGACCUCGGGUGGUAAUCAGAUGGGUGAGAGUUUCUCAUCAACCGUGAGCUCUAUGAGUGCCAGCAUGUCCUCCAGUAUGAACCUACCCACUGCUCAACCCAGGAUCAAAAGAAAUAAAAGAGUACCGCACAUCGACGGUGACCCGACCGCGGAGGUGUCUCACAUCAGUUUCAGAAUCGCUUCUGUGUCCUGCGUUCUUCUACACAAGGAUAUCCUUGUGCCAUCUCCCAUUGGAUCUGAUUGUAUAUCACCGAGCAGCGCCAAGAAGAUGCUAGUAGCCGCUAAAGACUUCUUCGAACACUUGCACUCAUUUCCAUUCGUAGAAGGAGACGUGUUCAGUUCGACUAAUGCUGCUAUAGACAGUGCCACGGAAAGAAAUCAUUUGAGGCUCCUAGCAUCCGAGAUAACGGUGGAUGGAAGUGAGAAAGUGACGUCACACGGCAGCCAGACCGUCUGCGAGGCGGCCAUACGGCAUCUACUGCUGAGGGAGUGCCUCUACUACCCCACCGAGGACGCGGACACCAAGCCGAGGGCCUAUGACUUGAUACGGUUUGAGUGUAAAGAAGACGAUGAUACUGCUAGUCAAAGGAGUUCAACACUCUCAUCGCGCGCCAACGUGAGAGUCAACUUCAAACAAGUAUCAAAAUACAUACGAAUAUCAGGCGAGAAGAAACUCGCCUAUCCUACAACAGAUAUCGUGGUAAAAUGCACUCCAUUCUACCUGGACGUGGAGUUGACAGUGAUAGAGCGGAUGUCGGCGACGUUCUUCGGCGGGCCGCCCUCCCCGGCGAGCACGCCGGCCGCACCGGUCACGUCGCAGAACCAAUUCAACUUUACUCUACAGUGCUCCAACCUACACGCUAUACUCAGAUUCCCGAUAGCAGAUCUCCGUCCGUGCGUGAACCGUGAAACUCGUCGGGUGCGACAGGAUUACCUCGUGUUUAAGUUCGAGAACGCCACAAUUAACUGUCAGCAGGCGCCGAGCGUUCGCCCCUUGCCAACUACCGUCACCCUCAAGUCUACCACGCUGGAUUUAUAUUAUCAUGAGAAUGACAGCCUGCCCGGCACUCAUAUAGCCCGCACUACCAUGGACGAUAAUCCACAAGAGAGCGAUAUACUACGAGGGCACGUGACUUCAUCACCAUUGCCAACAAUAUCGAUAACGUUCAAGCCGCGGAACAACAACAAAGGCCCGUUCGAUGUACUGACAGACGAACCACGCUUCGAGACGUCACACAACCCAAUGACUACAUCAAUGUACAUCAUGACCAACCUGCAUAGCUCGCAACCGAGUCCGUUUAGUGGGAAGAAAAUGGCGCACCAAAGUGUUACGAAACACGAGGGUGGGCCGAAACAAGUACUAUCGAUCGUCGGGUGUCUGUUAUCAGGUCAAGAAGAAGAAAUAAUAGUGCCAGGAAGCGAAGAAGAGAUGACGGAGUUCACAAACAGCUCCAUAGACCUGUCAUCGAUACAUCUCGAGUUCAAUCUGCCCAUUCUGAGUUUGCAACUUGAAUCUAAACAACUAUACGAAAUAAUCUACAACCGCAUCAACUCAGACCUCUUGCUGUGGGAGCCUCAGAUCGUCGACCAGUAUGAGAUCAGCCCGCUAGCCUGUGGUCCCAUCAACCCUACCUUUGGCGUCUGCAAAGGCAGUGGAUAUGAUAGCGAUACGGACAGUUCAUCGUCCGAAGAAGACAAUUUGUAUUACUCGACGUACGAAAAUAAAGUAAAAAAAGGACUGACUGCAAACAAAGUUGUGCACACUAAUAAAGAGACGCACAACUUCUGUCUCACUUUUAAAGUCGAUAAAGGCUUGCUCACCAUCUAUGCACCAGUUAGAGAUACCAACAAGCGAGUAGUGCCCGGACAAAUGGGCGAGCUGGUGCUCGAGGCUCACAGGCUGUCCAUGUGCCAGGUCAGCGGACUGCACGGGAAACCCAAGACUGCGCAGCUGUGUCUCAGAGCACUCAAGACUACACUGUACCAUGAAUCUCUAAUAACAAUCCCGGCAGACAAGCCACCACUAAGAAUGUACGGCACACUCUUACCUUCGUAUCUAAAGAGUACUAUCUACCCGUCUGGCAAGGGGAUUAUUAUAAAGGAACGCCUGCCCAAGAAGGACAUGUUCACCCUCGCACUCAAAGUGGACCCUGAUUCCGAAACACCAAAUUUAAAGACCAUCUGCAUAGCUCUCGGGAUAGAGCAAGCUACUCUCCGACACAGAGGCGACAAGGGCAUCGCCUGGCUCACACAACUGAUGGAUGUUAUAGACGUACUCGACUACCCCGUGCCUGGGUACACCCCUUCUACAGUACUCUCUGAGUUACACGUGCAUGUGUUUGACUGCGCUAUCGAUUACCGGCCCCUAUACCUACCCAUACGAACAGUUAUAACACUGGGUAACUUCAGCGUGUCUAGCAACUUGAUAGCCGCCACCAACACUUCCUGCCUUCGAUUCCUGGCGCAGGAGUGUACCUUAUUCCUGUACCAUUUGCACAACACCAAGCCGAAUGUUGUGCCGCAAGACGAUGAUAAACUACCUGAUGUGAACAAAGACUACGUGUGUGUUGUCGAUGUUGGAUUGUUUGAGUUGUCUUUGAGGAUGGAGGAUAAGACUAAUAGUUCAAACGAGCAGCCGCAGGUGGAUCUGAGCGCGUCGAACAACAUGGUGACGGUGCACACGUGCUGGGACUCGGCCAGCGCCCUGUGCCGCCUCGUCACGUACGUGGCCUGCGACGGAGACUCGCAGCCGCCCUUCGACCCCUCCUCGCGGCACACCAGCAUCUGCUCCGACCAGCCGUUGGAGACUUUAGUCGGUAUAGACGACAAGCCAAUAGAAGAGAUCCGGGAGCUGUCGCCCAGUGAAAUACAACAAGUCAACGAUCUCAUGGCGGAAGCGAUGAAAGAAAGCCCCAACACAACACUCGAUGAGGACGAACUAAACAGUUCAACAGAGAAGGAAGGCGUUGAGAUAUUCUUCUUCCCCGACGAGUCCAACAUGAAACAGAGACCAGUGGAAGGCGUGGAAGCCGAUGAGCCUAAAUCCAUGGAGUCCAUGGACCAGAGCAUCACGAUAGAAGUGCCAGAGUUCAAAUCCACGAACACACAAGUAGCGAAGGAGUUAGGAGAUCCCACGGCAUCGCCUAAGUCAACGCCGCGGAAAUCUAAAAGGAAAAAGGUAAAAUCCGGAGGAGACGGCAGCAACACAGACGAUGAGUACUGCUUCGUAGAGACGCAAGGGUACAGCCAGGACAACGAUCUAGACGAGCCCACUGUGAACUGGAUGGGGCCUGGCCCGGUGUACAUGUUCGACAAUCACUUUACUGUACCAGCUGCUAGGACUGAUGUGCUGAAGGCACCUAAGAGCUUCCCUCUGCCGAUGCUAAGGUACACAUUAUGCGAAAUGAGUGUAACGUGGAACAUGUAUGGUGGGACGGAUUUCCGCACGGCCGCCGAGACCGCGUCCGCCAAGAAAACCGUCACUAUUGAAGGCGACGCGAGGAAACAAGGCUCGCCCACCGCAUCUAAACGCAGCUCGGAGUACUCGCCGUACGCGCCGUACGAGAGCAGCGCGGCGACGUACCGCGCGGGCGCCGUGCGCUGGAGCGCGGCGGGCGAGCGCGCGCGCGCCGCCCCGCGCGCCGCACACGCACGCUCUCGCGGCGGACGGCAUCGGGACCACCACACGCGCGUCAAACUCUGCUUGCACAAGGUAAAGUUUCAAUACGAGAUAUACCCGCCGGGCGGCACGCACGCGUCCCGACAGACGCUGGCCAUCAGCAAGAUCGAGGUGCUGGACCAGCUGGUGUGCAGCGACAUCAACAAGCUGCUCAGCCAGUACAAACUCAAGGACGAACCAGAGAGGAAGAACGCGCACAUGUUGAUAGUGAAAGCUGUACACCUGCGGCCGGAGCCGGCGUUGUCUGCGCAGGAGUGCUGCCUCAAGGUUUCCCUUCUGCCACUUUGGUUCAAUCUCGACCAAGACACGUUGGCCUUCCUCGUGUCAUAUUUCUCCAAGCUCGGAUCUGAUGAGACCAACGCGGACGAUGAUUCUAAAAGCGUGGGAGGUCUAUCGACGGACUCUAGCGGGUCGCGGCAGACGACGCCCACGCACCGGCCGCCGGUCAUGAGCAUCGCCAGCCAUCUGAAGGACCCCCCACCGACCCCCACUUCUUUAGGAGACGCCGAUGCUUUGUCACUCAACGAAACUGUUAUGCGCGAUGAUGAACCGUUAAUGGAGACGUAUGAAGCGGAGAGGCUAGUGUCGGAGAACUUGAUACAACUGGAGGAGGAUUUCAACAAGCUCGGCAUCCAAGAAAAACCGGCUACCAAACUGCCAGUGGACAGUGAACCUAUUGAUGACUCCCUAUAUACUUCAGGACUAUCACAGUGA